CACAAAACAACAUCCUGAGGCUGAAUAGUUUUACGACCAGCAUGCCUAGUCAAAUGAUUAUUAGUGAUAAACCAUCAUAUAAAACUUCAUAUAACUCACUCUGCGAAAUCCUCAACGUCUUUGGCCAACACGCGAAUUUGCUCCCAAACCAUUUCUGUAACUCCAACACAAAAAAGUUCGUCGACGAUCACAUUACGAGAUUCAGAAUCUCUUAAUUCAGCAGCGGUGUUAUUGCAAACUUGCUGUGUCACAUGAAAGAUUUCAGCCUUGAACCUUUCCUAAUAUCUGCCUUAGUAUAUUGUUCUAUUUGCAGUUGACAGACACUUACUUCUUCCAUUACUCUUCUUAACUACUCUUUUUCUUUUUUUUAAAGUGUUUAAUUUCCCAAAGUACUUUUCAGGUACAAAUUAUCUGUAAGAGGUUAAAGAAGACGUCUCUAAUCAGCGAAUUCCUGUAUCUGAUACAAUAUUGCUCAAAUUCACUUAGAAAAGUGUCAUAAAGGGAGCCAUUCUUCAAUUUUUGACAAAAAAAAUAAAGACUUGAAACACGUUUUUAUGUGUGAGAGCGAAUGCUAUUAGAAAAUUUACAAGAAAAGACAAGCAGUCUAGAAGAGAUGGAUAAACAUUUACUCGUAUGUUAAGGAAAAUUAUGUUUUGAUAUAGUCUCUUGUAUACAACAAGUGCCAACUUUUAAAAAUUAAAAACUCGGGUUACUUUCUUGGUGAUUCAAAUCAUAACGAAUUCAGAAAAUUUUAACAAUAUUCUUCAGGUUUUUGGCCUCGGAAACCCAGGCUCGGCGUUUACAAAAUCUAGGCACUCUCUGGGAAAGCUUCUGGUUCAAAUGUAUGCUGAGAGAAUGAACUUUCCCAAGGGAUGGCCAUCUACUAAGGACAACAUUACGCUUUAUCCAUCGAACAAUUAUAUGAAUGAUUCCGGGAAGCUGUUAAGAAAAGUCCAAUCUCAAUAUCUUAACAGUCUAUCUUCAAUGGAAAAGGCGAGAGCGGCUUGUAUUGUUGUACACGAUGAGUUAGAGCUGGAUCUAGGAAAGCUUCGUUACCGCAUAGGUGGAUCACAUAAAGGACACAAUGGAGUUCGUUCCUGUCAGGCUAUUUUGGGAAAGGAGGGAUUCCAUAGAAUUAGUGUGGGAAUUGGCCGCUGCGAAUCAAGGUCGAGUAAUGAAGUUGCUUCUUUUGUUCUGGGAAAAUUUAAGCCAAAUGAGAUGAAAGUUAUAGAGACAAGUGUAUUUGAAGAAUUCUCCUCAUUGCUUAAUCAUAUACGUUUCGGAAUGAUCACGAAAAAGGUUUCUUCUAAUACACAAGGCAACAGCAAACAAUGUUAAGCAGCACUUAGCAUCUCCCAAAAUUGUAUAAAUAUGUUUAUUAAUAUCAACAAAUUAGACUAUUCAGUACUGGCUUCCGAAGACUCCAUGGAUGUGCGUUUGAAAAAGAUUACUACAAAAUAAAAAGCUAUCCAGGUUGACGUGACCGUAUGUUUUUCAACUUGCUCUUUUCAUUCUCGCUGAGAUAUGUGAAUCAUUCUCGCUUAAAUGGUGGUUCUGAUAUACUUUGAACUUUUGCUAAUUUCACGAAACUGAAUAUAUGGAUUUUGUUCUAACGAGGACUUUUUGAAACAACAAAGAUGAGUUGAGACCAAAAGCUCUCUUGUGUAAUAUCCAAAUAGUAAAACCUGUUCCUUGGUGAGACCUAUGAAUAGUGCUAUUAUUCCAAGCUUUUAUUCAUAAUUAAUAAAGAUUCUUGUUUACUAUCUA